AUGGCGAAUAGUCCCUACUUCAACUCUGUCACUUCAAAAUCAUCCUUCAGGGCUCGCUUUGAUGCCGAAGACAGGACAACCUUCUCCCAACUUCAUGAUGCUGGGGCCAGUGACUGGGGACGUGAUCACUUGUUUGCUUGUCGUGUUAUCCGGCGGGAUACCCAGCACAGUAUUCUCCCAAUUCUAGUACCCUAUCAAUAUCCCUCGGACCUUCAAUCAUCCCCCGAGAUCGUGAAAUUCCUGAAUGGCCCAGACCGUGGUCAGAUGAGCCUGAGUGAACACCGCCUUGUGCGGGAUCCUACUUGCGGCAUCUCUCUCGGCCAAGUGUGGGGGGCAUUGGCAAUGUUCAAAGGCAGCGAGGAGCGCCGUGGAAAGAAUCACCUCGAAGAUUCUCCUGGAGAUUCCCCACAGGAAAGUGACAAUGAAGCCGAACCAUCCCCCAAGCGUCCCCGAAUACGCACCGAACGCAUCGCGCAAAGAGGUUAUGUCGACUCAAGGGAAAUACAGAUUGGAUCUAGUAGCCCAGCUGCUGAUGGCUCCCAGGGGACAUCUUCGGUGGAAUUUAUUGAUGCCGAAUCGCAUAGAAUUCUAGCGUCCCAGGAGGAUGAGACCUUACGACUUCUAUCUUGUGUUAUUCGGCAUGUUUUAUAUUUUGCAUCCCCUCAAGAUUCUGCAAAUAUGAACGCCGUCGUCGAAUUCCGAGAUGCAAAAAUAAGACUUUCUGCUCGUACUCCUAAGCUGAAACGGAAGGUUAUAGCUAUCGACGAUGGGGGCUUAUAUCUACGCCAAGAGUCGAGAGGUAUAUUUAAAGCCCUAAAAAGCCGGUGCCUAGAAAAUGGCCAGCCGAUCAUUUCGGACAGCUGCUUCGCGCAAAUGACAUGCGAGGCUCUGGUGGCGAGAUUAGCUGAUCCGUUUAAAGAGCUGCAAUUCGAAAGAGUACUGCUUAUAAAUGCUACACAGCACUAUAUAUGCUUCCUUGAUUUUGAGAUUAGCGCGGAAUAUCUGCAUGAUUUUGAGUCAGAUUCCCCAACUUGCCUUCUGCAUGUUAACUCAACACCAUGGUUUGACCUCAGCUCUAAAAGCGGCAGAGAGCAGGUUGUUAUGAACUUGUGUGGUAUCAUGCGCUGGUCCCAGAGCUAAUUUGGCAAGUACAGAAUUUUGAUUGAAACUAUUAAUUUACACACCCGUGUUCUGCCAGAAUUGACGAUCUCGUUUACUCUUGGGAUUGAUAACCUUUGGAGCUAUUUGAAGACGAGUGCUGUGUCUUAGAGCAAGUGUAGCUGCUGCUAUAGGGACAUACUGAAUAGGUGUAAAAUGAAAGUAGGAGUAUCGAGAAACCAC